AUGGAGAACAUUAUGACAGAAAUUUGCCUGGUGGCUAAUAUAAUUGAUCGACUGUUAGAAGCCAAUGAAAGCUUGCGCGCGGAUGAGCUGGUGCCGCUUACAAAGCGCUUGCGUGCUGCAGCAAGCGAGCUGUCUAGCAUCAAUUCACAACAACAGCCCAACUUAGUUUCGUCUCCUCUUCCACGGAACGUCGAAGGGCUUAAUAUCAUGGGAAGCAGGGGUAGACAAGGUCCCUCCAAGUUGCAGCUGCCAAGGACUCUUGCACAGUUCACGGCGGCUCGGAGGCAGACACCCAGGGGUCACUCUCUUUCCGAUACGUGCACGAAAGUAGGGAUUUCAAAGGUAUCCUACGAGGUCUCGCAAUCGAUUUGCUGCUCGCUUUACAACUUAUUGGAGGGGGCUACUCGUCUGCUUUGUGCUUCCCACGGUCAUAUUUUUGUGAAGCGCGGUGAUGACAUGUUUUCGAUCGCAAAUGUUUCGCGAACGUUAGUUUUUCCACCUCCGCAAGUUCAUCAUGGGUGCCUUUGCAGCGCGGAUGCUGAGGUUCUCGGCAGCUCCAUUGCAUUGAACCGCCACAUCGACGAAGUUGGAAGAAAGCGUGCAGUUCUGGUGUUUCCAAUAUACAAGAUUCCCAUUGGAAAUGGACCUGGCGAGUCUGUCGCAACAAUUCAUGUAGAACGAAGAGAUCAUGUUUCUGCCCCGUUUAGUGAGAGUGACGAGUGUACACUCUACUUUGCUUCUCUCUUCUGUGGUGAGCUGAUGUCUCGUAUUCCGCAGUUCAACUUCCUUGAGUCAUUUUACGACCCGUCAACACAGCACAUUAUUGCGCCGUUUGAACCGUGCUCUUCAGUAUUACUGCCACCUAUAGAGCGUGGCGGUGUGUUGACGCUUGGGGAGCCAGGAAAACAAUCUUCCGAGGACCCUGAGUAUGCGAAACGGGCGGUUUCGCAGUUGACACGGAAGAUAGAAGCACAUAGUCCAGAGAUUCUGGUUCGCCGUGAGAGGCUGCCAGUUAGUAAUACGAAGCCGUUUGCUCCUGGUAUGUUGAUGAUGCCAUCGCUGCUUGAAAUUCAAGCUUACGUUGAAAACCUGCAAUCGUGCUGGAAGAAGAACAUGCUGGACAAUAUUGAUCUGCUAGAGUUGGACCGCGAGACUCAGCAGGACUUGAGGCUGGCAAGAAACGAACUAACUGCCACGCGCCGUAACCUUGCUGCCACAGCAGAUAAGCUGCGUCUGUAUGAACUGGAUACAUGGGACUACAAACUUGAAUAUGGCGCCAUGAAAUCAGAGCUAAGCACUUACAUGGAUGGCCUUGAGCGUUUACACUGA